AUGAUCCUUUACAAACAGGCCAAGCACCACGCCGCCCACCGAGCGCACCUCGUGCAGGAGGCGAAGAAGGCGUAUGCUGCGAAGAAGGUUGCCGGUGCCGCGACGGGAUUGAUCACCGACCCGGAAGAUCCCAAGUUCGACCUCGAGAAGGUCAUCGAGUCAUGGACCAAGGACUCAUAG